GCUAAUUCCCGUCGCCUUUUCCAGGGAUAUCAUGUCCAUUUACAAGGAGCCGCCCCCGGGAAUGUUCGUUGUGCCUGAUCCCCACGACAUGACCAAGAUCCACGCGCUGAUCACGGGCCCCUUUGACACCCCCUACGAGGGCGGCUUCUUCCUGUUCCUGUUCCGCUGCCCCCCGGAUUAUCCCAUCCACCCGCCCCGCGUCAAGCUGAUGACCACGGGCAACAACACCGUCAGGUUCAACCCCAACUUCUACCGCAACGGCAAGGUCUGCCUCAGCAUCCUCGGCACGUGGACAGGCCCGGCCUGGAGCCCGGCCCAGAGCAUCUCCUCAGUGCUGAUCUCCAUCCAGUCCCUGAUGACCGAGAACCCGUACCACAACGAGCCCGGCUUCGAGCAGGAGCGGCACCCCGGGGACAGCAAGAACUACAACGAGUGCAUCCGGCACGAGACGAUCCGCGUGGCCGUGUGCGACAUGCUCGAGGGGAAGUGUCCCUGCCCCGAGCCCCUGCGGUACGGCAUUCCCAAAAUCCCAGGGCUGGGGGGCACCAGGAGCCGCUUGUUGGUCAUUCCCGUUUUUCCCCAGGAUCCUUUCGGGGAGAAGCGCGGCCACUUUGACUACCAGGCUCUGCUGGGGCGGCUGCAGGGGCUGCGGGCGCGGCUGCAGGAGCGGCUGCAGCAGGACAGCGCCGACAUGGACUCGGAGAGCAGCUCCUCGGAGCCCGAGCCGGACACUCAGGGCUGCCCCAAGGCCUAAGGAGGCUGGGCCCGGCCCCGGGACUGCAGCACAGCCGGGCCGGGAGAGCCGCCGGAUCCCUCCCUUCCUCCCUCCCUCCGGAGACUUCCCACAGAAUUCCCAAAAAGAGACAAAGCCGAGCUCGGGACAGGCUCCUGUUGGACAAAAGGUACUUCCUGGCACGUGGCAUCAGGUUCUUUUUGGGGUUUUUUGGGGGUUUUUUUGGAGAACACCUACACUGGUUGGGGUUUUUUUGCUUUUUUUUUUUGUUUUUUUGGUUGUUUUUUUUCCAGGUUUUUUUUUUUUUGGUUUUUUUUUUUGUUUCUCCGAUUAAAGAAUGAGCUCUAGACUGCAAA